UAGCCGCGGAGCGGCGAAGAUGGCGGCCUCCAGCUGGGUCCGUGCGGCAGUGGUCCUGCUAUGCGCCUGUGACCUGCUGCUGCUGCUACCGCCCGGGGCCCGCGCGGGCGAUGGCCCGGCCGGUAAGCCCGGCGAGGCUGCCCCCCCUCCCCCGAAGAAGAAGAAGAAGGAUAUUCGCGAUUACAAUGAUGCGGACAUGGCUCGUCUCCUGGAGCAGUGGGAGAAAGAUGACGACAUCGAAGAAGGGGACCUUCCGGAGCACAAAAGGCCUUCAGCACCUGUGGACUUCUCGAAGAUAGACCCCGGCAAGCCGGAGAGCAUAUUGAAGUUGACGAAGAAAGGGAAGACUCUCAUGAUGUUUGUCACCGUAUCGGGAAACCCCACGGAGAAGGAGACGGAGGAAAUCACCAGCCUCUGGCAGGGCAGCCUUUUCAACGCCAACUACGACGUCCAGAGGUUCAUUGUGGGCUCGGACCGCGCUAUCUUCAUGCUGCGUGACGGGAGCUACGCCUGGGAGAUCAAGGACUUUUUGGUUGGUCAGGACAGGUGUGCUGACGUCACUCUGGAAGGACAGGUGUAUCCUGGCAAAGGAGGAGGAGGCAAAGAGAAAAACAAAACAAAGCAAGAGAAGGGCAAGAAGAAGAAGGAGGGAGAGCCGAAAUCCCGGGCUUCGAAGGAAGACAACCGAGCUGGGAAUAAACGAGAAGACUUGUAACGGGGCAGCCGCGGCCGCUGGGAGAGCAUGCAGGACGGCUCAGCCGGGGCUCGUGGGGCGGGGCAGGCGUGGGAAGCCGCACACCGGACAGAAUUCUAGUUUCCUGUAGAGGGGGUCUGCCGAGUGACCAGUGUGUGGUCAGAGUAAGAACUACUGUCAAAAAGGUGUCAAGUAAGGAGACAGGUUUUGCAUUAACAUUGGACACUGCCAAAUUCAGGUUUACUAUAAAAUCACUUUACAUGGAAACCUGACUGUUGCUUUUUCCCAUUUAAAUUUGGAGGCGUAACACUGCUGUGUCAGCCCCCCCCCCGACACCUGCUCUGACGUGCGUUCUGGGGUGUCCACCUGUGGGGUGUCCAUGUGCUUUACUUCCUAUUGACUAAAAAGGUACCAAGUUCUAAUCAGACAGAUGUUAAGACUUCAUUUAAUUGAAUCAGGCUCCACAAGCUGUAAAAAAAAUACCAUUUUCAUUACUGUGAAGGUAAAACAUGCCGUGGGAGCCCUGCACAGAGCUCAGGUGUUUAAAUACGCAACCUGGACACCAGGGUGGGCAAACCCCACAUCUGCAAAAAGUGCAGAGAACAGGAAAUAAUGUAACUCGGAGCUCCUAAGCGUUUCCUUUGAAUUUCUUGGAUUCAAGUCAAGUGCUAGGUGGUCUGUGAAGUUCAGGGAUCCCACUCUGUGUCCUUAUUUAGGAAAGUAAUGCUGGGGUCGAGGCUCUGUGUUUCAUUUGAGGCAGCAGUUUUACAGGAUGCAGACUGGGAAUCAGCGGUGUCCUUUGCAGAGUGUGGCAGGAGGCUCGAUAACCUCGUUCCUUUUUGUAAACAUGUUUCUUUGAUAAAGUGCCUAAA